ACGCCCCCUCCCCUUUAACAAAGGGCCGGGCCGCGGCCCCUUUAAGGGGCGCAGCCAAUGGGCGCGCGCGCCGCACGGCGAGCGCUGAUCGGUUGCGGGCCCGGCCCCGCCCCCUCGGCGGGCGCUGAUUGGCUGCGGGCUCAGCUCCGCCCCCUCGGCGGGCGCUGAUUGGCUGCGGGCCCGGCCCCGCCCCCUCGGCGGGCGCUGAUUGGCUGCGGGCCCGGCCCCGCCCCCCCGGCCGGCGCUGUCCCGGUGCUGAACGCGGCCAUGAGCGGCGGCGUCUACGGCGGCGAUGAGGUCGGGGCUCUGGUGUUCGACAUCGGCUCCUUCUCGGUGCGGGCCGGUUAUGCCGGCGAGGAUUGUCCCAAGGCGGAUUUCCCCACCACGGUGGGGCUGCUGUCCCCGGACGAGGUGUCCCUGGAGCUGGACGGGGACAAGGACAAGAAGGGCGGCAAGGUUUAUUACAUCGACACCAACGCGCUGCACGUGGCCCGCGAGGGCGUCGAGGUGCUGUCCCCGCUCAAGAACGGCAUGAUCGAGGACUGGGAGUGCUUCCAGGCCAUCCUGGACCACACCUACGGCAAACACGUCAAGUCGGAGCCGGGGCUGCACCCGGUGCUCAUGUCCGAGGCCCCGUGGAACACCCGGGCCAAGCGGGAGAAGCUGACGGAGCUGAUGUUCGAGCACUACAACAUCCCGGCCUUCUUCCUCUGCAAGACGGCCGUGCUCACCGCCUUUGCCAACGGCCGCAGCACGGGGCUGGUGCUGGACUCGGGGGCCACCCACACCACGGCCAUACCUGUGCACGACGGCUACAUCCUGCAGCAAGGUAUCGUCAAGUCGCCGCUGGCCGGGGAUUUCAUCUCCAUGCAGUGCCGGGAGCUCUUCCAGGAGCUCAACAUCGACAUCGUGCCGCCCUACAUGAUCGCGGCCAAGGAGCCAGUGCGGGAAGGGGCCCCCCCGAGCUGGAAGAAGAAGGAGAAGCUGCCCCAGGUGUCCAAAUCCUGGCACAACUUCACCUGCAACGAGGUGAUCCAGGACUUCCAGGCCUCGGUGCUGCAGGUUUCGGACUCGCCUUAUGACGAGCAGGUGGCGGCGCAGAUGCCGACGGUUCACUACGAGAUGCCCAACGGGUACAACACCGACUACGGGGCCGAGCGGCUCCGCAUCCCCGAGGGGCUCUUCGACCCCUCCAACGUCAAGGGCCUCUCGGGGAACACCAUGCUGGGCGUGGGACACGUGGUGACCACCAGCAUCGGGAUGUGCGACAUCGACAUCCGCCCGGGUCUCUACGGCAGUGUCAUUGUCACCGGGGGGAACACGCUGCUGCAGGGCUUCACCGACCGCCUGAACCGCGAGCUGGCCCAGAAAACCCCCCCGAGCAUGCGGCUCAAGCUCAUCGCCAGCAACAGCACCAUGGAGCGGCGCUUCAGCCCCUGGAUCGGCGGCUCCAUCCUGGCCUCGCUCGGCACCUUCCAGCAGAUGUGGAUCUCCAAGCAGGAGUACGAGGAGGGCGGGAAGCAGUGUGUGGAGCGCAAGUGUCCCUGAGGGGGGACUCCUGCCCCUGAGGGGGGCUGCAGCCCCUGAGGGGAAAAACGCGGCAAAAACCAUUAAAACCCACCUGAAACCGGCUCUGAGGCACCUGUGGGGCUUGGGGGCAGAGAGGAUUAAUGGCGGCUGUUUAUGUGUAGGGCUGCGGGAUAUUUUUUCACCGAUUUUGG